UCUAGCGUAUUCUUUAUACUGUGCCUAUAUAGUUUAACUUUUCUCGCUAAGUUUAAAACGUACAUUUUUUAAAAUAACUAACUCUUUGCUUAAAAUAUUUACGCUUGUAUAAUUCCCGUAUAAUUCUCUUUUAUUAAUUUACCUAAUAUAAUUUUAACAACACUCUUAACAACCACAAGUCUAUACAAUCAAGAAUCUAUCAUCAUCAGUGAAUAUAAGAUAAGGCAUUUUUAAAAAAACAUGUUUCUGUUAUGCGUCGAUUUUCGAAAUGGAAACAAUAGAAGAACAACGUGUAUACAUAAAAUUUUGUUUUAAAUUAGAGAAAAGUUUAAAUGAAACUUUUGAACUUUUGAAGCAAGCUUUUGGAGAUGAUGUUCUUCUCGGACAACAUGUUUUGAGUGGUUUAAAAGGUUUAAGGAAGGUAAGACAUCCAUUAAGGAUAACGAACGACUUGGUAGACCCUCACCAGUAAAACAAAGGAAAUUAUUGCUCUUGUUCGUGAAAUUAUUCGAAAUAAUCGUCCAUUAACUAUAAGAGAAGUUGCAGAAAACGUCGGAAUAUCUUAUGGUUCUUGCUAAGAAAUAUUAACCAAAGAAUUGGGCAUGAGCCGAAUCGCAGCCAAAUUUGUUCCUCGUCUCUUAACCGAUGAACAAAAACAAAACCGAAAAACAAUCUCUCAAGAACUUUUUGAAAGAGCAGAAACUGACCUAGACUUUUUGAAAAAUAUUAUAACUGGUGAUGAAACUUGGAUUUACGGCUAUGAUAUUGAAACCAGUCAAUCGUCCCAGUGGAAGUCAACAAAUUCCCCUAGACCAAAAAGCAAAGCAGAUUACAUGAAAAUGUUAGAAAAAAAAAGCCAGAAAACUGGAAAAAUGGUUCUUAGAUGUUGCAUCACGAUAACGCCCCGGCUCACAGCUCAUUGCUCAUUCGCCAGUUCUUAGCGAAAAAUCAGACUCCAGUUGUUCCAUAACCACCAUACUCACCCGACCUGGCCCCAUGCGACUUUUUUUUGUUUCCGAAGUUAAAAUCUACGCUCAAAGGAUGUCCUUUUCAAACAAUUGAUGACAUAAAAUAAAAUACGGAAAUCGAUCUAAAGGGCAUUCCA